AUGCAGCAGAUACUAGAGAACCGGCUGAUGGAAUCCCUUCUACAGAUUCAGACCGGCAAGGCUGCGGACUUCAUAAAGGAAGCACGUAGCGAGGAGACUAGGGGACAGGGGUCAAUGCGUUUUGGCUGGUACCUGUGCGAGUGGAGUCCGCCAGAGAGAGUCAAUGAGCUUGUCACUCGGAAACUUGGGCGAAUACGCCUGGAGGGCCUGGAGAGCAUCCAACCAUUCAUCAUGGCGCCAUCCUGGACGCUACUAGAGGUAACAAUGAAUGGGAAAAUCUGA